GAGAGCAAGAAAAGAACAAGUGUAGCCGUGGUGCGAGGAACGAGUGUGAUAUAGUGAGGAGUGGUGGCGGGAGAUGCGCUUGCUUGCUUGCUUGCUUGCUUGCUUGCUAGCUGGCGGCGAGGUCCCAGGUUUUUAAAUGCAGCAGCCACUGCAUCCCUUCAUGGCGAUAGACGGGCGCGAAUCCGCGAUCGGGGCCAGCAGGGGCAGCCAAAACCCACGUCCAUGGUACGUAGGACGCAGUGCAGUGCAGAAAUGCGCGCACUCACUCAAUGCAACCGCAGUGCGGUGCGAUAUUUUCCACACCCACCCGCAAUCAAGCACAGCGUGUGCAUCAAGGCCAACCGAACCCAAUACAACACCAGUGGAGUAUACGAGCGAGCGUCACGGCCCGUCCCAACCCGGCAUCUACGUCCCUGCCGUACGUCCCUAGCAAAUUCGCUAUCUCUCUCCCUCUCGCUCGGAAACCGUUCGGAGCCAAAAAUAGGGGCGGCACACGUCCCAUCGAGACCCUGAUCAUGAUCGGAUCUGCAGCGACAGCACGGGCAGCACCGUCGCAGUGCAGGGCAAUCCGCAUAUACAUGCGUGCGAGCGUAUGCGAGCAAGAGGCAGCGAGUGGCAGCAGCACGCAAUCAAGCACUCCCAAGCUUCGUUGGCGACGCCCUAGCUGCCCAAUCCUUGCGGCGAUCGUGCCCGAUGACGACGCUAGGCGCGGCGCGUGCAAGGGCCGGCCCGCCCGUCGUUCGGACGGAGAUCCUUCGCUCCUAGCUAGGUCAGGGAGGACGCCGAAAAUGACGCACGCAGUGCGAAUCUGCCGCAGCCGCACGGGCGGCGGGUGUGGAUGGUGAGGGCUCAGGGGCGCUGUUCGUGGCUAGGUAGGUGGAUAUACGCAUCGGAGAAAAUCGGGGCAAGGCUGUUCGGAGAUCUUUCGCGGGCAGGUCGGAUGGUUAUAUCGCACUGCCUCCCCUGCCUUUCUAGAAGCCUGCAUGCAUGCGU